AUGAAGCUAUGGAAACGAGCCACCGUGGUUAUCAAGGACGGACCUAGCCUAAUCGCGGCGGAUGACAUUUUCACGGCGGCCGUCGUGAAAGCCACGAGCCACGACGAGUUCUCGAUCGACAAAGAGAGCGCUCUCUUCAUCUACCGCCACGUACGCCGGAACCCGUCGAGCCUCAAGCCUCUCGUGAGCGCAAUCUCCUCUCGCGUGAAACGAACCCGUAGCUGGGCGGUUGCGUUGAAAGGCCUGAUGCUGAUGCACGGCUUCUUCCUCCGGAAAACCACGGCGGCGGAGUCGAUCGGACGGUUACCGUUCGAUCUCUCCGCUUUCGGCGAAGGCAAUUCCCGGAUGAGCAGAUCCGGCGGGUUUCAACUCUUCGUCCGCGCCUACUUCGCGUUUCUCGACAGACGAUCGAUCCUAUUCCACGACGGAAACCGCCACCGGUACGACGAAGAGUCGUCGGUGAUGAUCCGGCUCGUGAUCAUCCGUAAGAUGCAGAUCAUCGUGGAUUCGUUGAUUCGGAUCAAACCGAUUGGGGAGAACAUGAAGAUACCUCUGAUUAACGAAGCCAUGGAGAACGUGAUCAACGAGAUUCUGGAGGUUUACGGUUGGAUCUGUCGCCGGAUCGCCGAAGUUUUGCCGAAUGUUAAUUCGAAAACCGGGAAAGCUCAGGCGGACAUGGCCCUGAAGAUCGUCGCGAAAUCGAUGACGCAAGGAGAAGAGCUUCACAAGUAUUUCGAAUUCUGCAGAGAUCUCGGAGUCUCGAAUGCUCAGGAGAUUCCGAAAUUCGUGCGGAUUCCGGAAGCGGAUGUGUUACAUCUCGAUGAACUCGUACGGACGGAGGAGAAUGAUGAUCAACGAGAAACGGAGGUUGAUUCGUGUGAGGAUUUACCGGAGAGAAGGGAUGAUGCAGAAGAAGAAGAAGAGAUAGAGACGAAGUUAGUUCAUGAAAUUGAUGAUCUGAUAAAUCUGGAUCAUAACGACGACCACCACACACCUCCUCCGACGAGAGUUGAUAUUCCAGACUUAAUUAGCCUCUAA